CCCCUCCCCUCCUCGGGGGGGCAUGACGCUUUUUGGCCCCGGAGAAGGAGAAGGAGAAGGCGCCUGGCGGGAUCUAGACAUGGCGCGGGAACCUAAGCUGAGCCAUUCCAGGCCUGGUCAGAAGAGGCAACACAGCGGAAGCCUGUAUUCCUGCGACCUGGACUACGACAUCUACAAAGACGAUUUGCCAUACAGAGUUUGUGAAUACCAAAAGAUCCCUCCGCUCAUCACUCGCAUCCCUGACAAAACCAGGCGAGGCCACCUGGGGAAUGGGGCCAAGACCGGCCUGGCCACACACACGGGGUCCAGAGGAAGCGGUUCCACAGCAGGACACACAAAACUACGAGCAGAAGAGCUGCACUCCAUCAAAGGGGAAUUGAGCCAGAUCAAGGUCCAGGUGGACAACCUGCUGGAGAGCCUGGAUCGGAUGGACCAGCGGCGAGACCACAGCGCGGGUUCCAAGGAAAGCAGUAAGAAAUCCCGGGGGAGUGGAGAGGCUUCGUGCCACGCUCCGAACCCGGCCCAAAGGAAGGCCGGCUCCGAAUACGAGGGUCCCGCUCCUCAGCAGGAUGAUGACAGCGCGGAAGAGAGCACGGACACCGAAGAGGCGGCAAGGAAUCACAUGCUGGACGCUGAAGGCAGCAACUGACCGGACCGGAAGGACUCUGCCCCCUUGCCUAGCCUUUCCUUCCCUGUGUGUUGUCUUUCUUCCAAUGCCUCCAGCUGGUGCUAACGUGUGGCAUCCGUUACCUGUAAAUAGCGCAGGUGCAAAAGGUGUCCUCCGCUCUCUCGCGAGCCCCUUUAUCAGGUCUCACCGAGAGAGAGAGAGAGAGAGAGAGAGAGACCUCGGUCAUUCGUUGAGGGAGAAAACGCUUGGUGUUCUUUGUUGGUGAAAAUGUUUUAAAAUGGGGAACGGAGGAGCAACUUGUAUUUGCAACUGAACCAGCACAACAUUCAACAGAAAUAAAGCAGUAGCACUCUCCGACAGUCAUAACAA